GUGAAGUCAGUAUGAAACAACAAGAAGACAGAGGCAGGAAAACUAUUUUCUUGCCUUGGAUAAUUUACAGCAGAGGACAGAAGACAAACAGCGGAGAAAUCAGCAGUGAUCAGAAUGUCUGAUCCAGACAAGAAGUUGGAUUUGCGUCGAUCAGAACUGUUUGAUUUCCACGGAGUCUCAAUGAUCCACUAUGUCACAGACAACUGGGAGAACAUUCAAAACUUUCAGGCCAGGCCAGAUGACAUACUUAUUGCAACAUAUCCCAAAGCGGGAACCACAUGGGUCUCCUACAUCCUUGACCUGCUGCAUUUUGGUCAAACAUCCCCAGAGCGUCAGACAUCCAUCCCAAUCUUUAAAAGAGUCCCUUUCCUGGAGAUUUACAUCCCAUCUAUGGAUACAGGAGUUGACCUGGCGAACAACCUUCCCACCUCUCCACGACUCAUUAAAACUCAUUAUCCAGUCCAGUUUGUGCCAAAGUCCUUUUGGGAGCAAAACUGCAGGAUUGUCUACAUGGCCCGCAAUGCCAAAGACAGCGUGGUCUCUUAUUUUCACUUUGAUCACAUGAACAUGUUGGAGCCAGAUCCUGGAGACUGGAGCAGCUACCUCCACAGAUUCAAAGAGGGAAAGAUGGUGUUUGGAUCCUGGUAUGACCAUGUGAACGGCUGGUGGAAGAAGAAACAGACUUACUCAAACCUCCAUUACAUGUUCUUUGAAGAUAUGGUUGAAGAUACUGGACGGGAAAUAGAGAAACUCUGCCGCUUUCUUGGUUUGUCUCCUUCAGUGGAGGAGAAGAAACAAAUUACAAGUGGAGUGCAGUUUGAUAAAAUGAAAAAGAACAACAUGACCAACUAUUCUACUGUCCCAGUUAUGGAUUUCAAAAUGUCUCCUUUCAUGAGAAAAGGGAAGGUUGGUGACUGGAAGAACCAUUUCACUGUGGCCCAGAGUGAAGAGUUUGAUGAAGGCUACAAGAAGAAGAUGAAGGAUCCUACACUUCAGUUUCGCACUGUCGUCUGAACAGGACUGGACAGCGUGUUGAUGAUGGUCAAAUUAUAUUUGCCUCUAACCUGACAGCAGAGGUGUAAAGUGUGCCUUUUUGAGAUUUUUAUCUGAAUUAAGGCUGUGAAAUACUUAUCAGGUGGCACAGUGUCAUGUCUGAAGGUCAACAUGUCUGUCAUAACAAGUGUCAUUACAAGAGUUGACUAAUUGAAAAUAAUUUGCGAAUGAUUUAACUAACCAACAAUCCUGAAAUGCAGAAAAAAUGUAGACUCUUAGUACCAUGUCCACCAUACUACCCAAAUAUUUCUUAAGAAUGAGAUGUUAAUGUGAAUGGAAAGAACAGCUGUGUUACACUGUUUCGACUGAUACUAAUAAAUGAG